ACGAAAGAGACACAGAGAGAGAGAUUGAAAGAAGAAACCUUAAAAAAGCUUCUCCUUCCAGAGGCUAAGGAGAGAUUCACAUUCACACAACGUGUUUAGGUCAUCUAAAGUUUCAACAUUCAAUCUCUCUCUAACCAUUCAUGUCGGUUUCUCGUCUUUUUCAACAAACAUAUUCAUUGAAAGAUUUGAAUGGGUUUUCAUUAAAUCUCUGAAAUUAAUGGAAAUAGCUCAUUCAUUUGAGGUUUAUAAUUGAUUUUUACAAUCUGGGUUGUAAUUAGAAUUCUGAAUCAGUGAAUGUAUAAGAUUGUAAUUGAAAAUUAUUAUGAUCUAGUCAUUGAGAAUCUUUCUUCUAAUUGGUUUCUGAGUGAUUUAAUGUUAUUAAUUGAAACUAAAAAAGGUUCUUACUUUUGUCUCCCGAGAGAUCGAUGGGAUAAAGAAUUUGCUAAAUUACAGACUGGGUGAAUUCGAAUUCUGAUUGAUUUUUUGGAUUUGAAUUUGGAUUGAGUUUUUUGUUUUUUUGAGUCAGUAAUUUUUUUGAAAGAUGGGUUCUUCUCAAGGAUCUACUACUUUGGGUGUUAAGGAAUUGAAAAGGGAAGUUUAUUUCAUUGAUUCUUUACCUGUUUAUGUUAAAGAAUUGAUUGCUGGUGGAUGUGCUGGAGCUUUUGCUAAAACUGCAGUUGCUCCAUUAGAAAGGAUUAAGAUACUAUUGCAGACUAGAACUGAAGGAUAUCAUUCAAUUGGAGUUUGGCAAUCGUUGAAGAAGUUACUAAAACAGGAAGGUGUUCGCGGAUUCUACAAAGGAAAUGGUGCUAGCGUUCUUCGGAUUGUUCCCUAUGCGGCAUUGCACUUUAUGACUUAUGAGCAAUACCGAUGUUGGAUCUUGAAUAACUACUCUGCAUUGGGAACAGGACCUAUCGUUGAUCUGGUUGCUGGUUCAGUAGCUGGAGGGACAGCAGUCUUAGUAACCUACCCUCUAGAUUUAGCUCGAACAAAACUUGCUUACCAGGUUCUGGGUAGAAGAGGUGGUAGUUUUGGAAAUGGUAUGAGCAGUUCCCAAUCGCUGCCAGCAUAUAGUGGGAUAAGAGAUUUCUUUAAGAGUGUUUACAGAGAAGGCGGGGCUCGUUCCUUGUACCGUGGAAUAGGUCCAACACUCAUUGGAAUCCUUCCAUAUGCUGGUUUGAAGUUCUACGUAUAUGAGGAACUUAAGAGGCAUGUUCCUGAAGAACAACAGAAAUCUGUAAUGAUGCGCCUCUCUUGCGGGGCUUUAGCAGGACUAUUUGGUCAAACCUUCACAUACCCGCUAGAUGUUGUUAGGAGACAAAUGCAGGUUCAAACAAUGCAACCGUCAAAUCAUCUAGGUGAUCCUAGGUACAGGACCACAAUGCAAGGACUGACCUCCAUCAUUCGCGAUCAAGGAUGUAAACAGUUAUUUGCUGGAUUAAGCAUCAAUUAUGUGAAGAUUGUUCCAUCCGUUGCUAUUGGUUUCACGGCAUAUGACAUGAUGAAGUCGUAUUUAAGGGUACCACCUCGGCAAAAAGCUCCAUCUGCAUCCGCUGGAUGAAUCAAAACUAAGCCUUUUUAUGAAUUGGCAUACAAAACCAGCUUUAGACACAACCAUUCAGAGGAUCCCUUUCCAGAGAAAAACCCCAUGUUUGCCAUCGAGUUGAUUCAGAUUGGGCGAGAAGGACUCCUUGGGACCAGAAGUGCAUUUAGUAAAGAUGAUAUUUGUACUCCUUUGUGAGAUAUUUUGAAGUGACAAUGACUGGAGUUAUGUAAGUAAAUUGGGAUCCUAUUUAAAUUAGAUGUCUCGACAAGAAUACCCUUCAAUUGCUAGUUUCGUUCCUGCAGAUUAUACUUUGUAACUUCAAUACUCUGAAUGCAUUUGAAUUUAACAAAAUUUCU